GGAUCCCCCUGCACCGGCCGGGGCGGUAACCUGCUGCCAUGGGGGUUAAAACGAUGCUCCCCAGCUACGAACUGGGGUUCUACGCUCUCGUCGUGACAUCCGCUGUGGUGUACAGCAGCAGCGGGAUCUUUGAAGCAUCCAGAGACAGCAUGAACAGAAAGGCCUUUCGGGACGGCAUAAAGCCGGGCUGGCACUACUUCGGCAGGAAGAUGGACGUGGCCGAUUUCGAGUGGAUGAUGUGGUUCACCUCGUUCAGGAACGUCAUCAUCUUCGCCCUCUCGGGACAUGUCCUCUUCGGCAAGAUCUGCUCCAUGACGGUGCCACAGCACCGGGCUGUGGUGUACAUGCUGUAUGGGGUCCUGGCCGUGCUGGGCAGCAUGGGGCUUGUCUACCUGAUGAUCAUCCUCUCCCACUGCCUUGUCCUCUACUCCGUUGCGCUGGCCAAGCAGAAGUGGCUCUGCUAUGUGGCCGGGCUUUGCUGUCUUGCCUCCUUCAAGGUGGAGCCAUUCAGCUCCUGGCAGAGUGGGUUUGUAACAGGAGCUUUUGAUCUUCAAGAUGUCCUCUUCUAUGGAGGAAGCAGCUUCACCAUCAUGCGCUGCAUGAGCUUUGCACUUGAGAGCUCUGAGAGGAAAGAGGGCAUCUACUCCAUCUUCGACCUCCUCAAGUACAACUUCUACCUCCCCUUCUUCUUCUUUGGGCCUGUCAUGACGUUUGACCAGUUCCACGCCCAGGUGAGCACCCGAGAGCUGAGACGCAAAGAUGACGAGAUGAGGAACAUCCGGGUCCAUGCCCUCCUCCAUGUGGGGGCCAUCAUCGCUGUGGAUAUCUUCUUCCACUUUUUCUACAUCCUCACCCUCCCUUCUGACCUGAAGUUCGUGAACCGCCUCUCGGACUGGUCCUUGGCUGGCUUGGCCUACUCCAAUUUGGUGUAUGACUGGGUGAAAGCUGCUGUCAUGUUUGGGGUCAUCAACACCAUCGCCAGACUGGACCACUUGGACCCACCCCAGCCCCCGAAAUGCAUCACCAUGCUCUACGUCUUCGCAGAAACGCAUUUUGACAGAGGGAUUAAUGACUGGCUGUGCAAGUACGUGUAUGACCACAUUGGAGAGAACCAUGACAACAUCAUGAAGGAGCUUGUGGCCACCAUCGCCACCUUUGCGGUCACCACCCUGUGGCUGGGGCCCUGUGAGAUCGUUUACAUCUGGUCUGUCUUCAACUGCUUUGGCCUCAACUUUGAGCUCUGGGUGCAGAAGUUCUUCCAGCAGGAGCCCUUUGCCAAACUGGAGGCCAAAAUGUCAGCGGCCAUGUCUCGGCGGAUUAGGGCAGUUUUUGGGGCGGCAAAUUUCUGGGCCAUCGUCCUCUACAAUAUCCUAGCCCUCAACAGCCUGGAGUUUGCACUGCUGGUCACCAAGAGACUCCUUCUGACGGGUUUCCCUGUCAGCACGUUGUCCAUCUGGUUUAUCACGUACUGCGGAGUGCAGCUGAUCAAAGAGCGUGAGCGCAUCCUGGCCAUCGAGGAGGAGAAGUGUGACAAAGCAAAGGUGGAGUAGAGGGAGGCAUCGGCAGGCUUGUCCCAAAGCCUCGUCUCCCCUCCAGCCACUGCUGCCAGGUCAGCCACUGGCAGGGGCUCUCCAAGCACUCCCGACAAUCGACUGCUGUAGCUCACCCAUGUAGAAGUCACCUGGAAGGCGCAGGUCACCCCCUUGCUGCAGGAAAGAUUUUCUGUAAGACACAGUGGGCGUUUCUCAGGCUCCCCAUGCACGGCAGACUGCUGAGGUAGGCUCCCAGGACAUUUCUUUAAUGCCAACAAGAGCCAUCCCCAUCAUUUUUCUGACCUUCUGACAUUGUGCAGGCCUAGAGAUUUCAUCCCCUGCUUCCCGUAACACUCGGUCCACCAGCACUCGGCUCUCCCGCAGGACCUGUAGCCCAUGUCUCCCAGAGGAGACUCUCCAAGUCCCACGGCUGGAGGUUUUAGGGUGGGCCAGACACACAGCUAUGAGAAAGGGAUUAGCUGGAGCUGAGCCUGCUCUGGGCAGACCAUCUCCAGGUUGCUUCCAGCCCAAGCAUCCCAUGUUUCUUUCACUACAAGAAAUGGUUAGCAUCCACUGUCAAGUGUUCAGCACCUACGGUUAUGCAGUAAGGACUGUGAAAUGGCUCAGCACGAUCUAUACCUACCAAGAGGCUAAUAAAUAAAUAGUACGGUCUCUAUAGCAAAGGGAGGGACCAGGAACAGCACAUUGAAGGGUAAUUAACUUCCCACCACUGUCAGCGGGUGCAGAGUGAUGGCUGUUACGAUCUCUGCAAAACAGGUCCCUUCAGUGCCCAAUGUCUUGAAAAAAAAAAAAAUUACUUAAUGCCAACAUCAGGCAUAGUUAAUUGAGAGUGCGGGAGCCAUACCUGCUUCACAGCCAUCGCGCGUCAUGUGCAGGUCGCCCGGGCAUGCUGAAGAAACACAACACAUGGCUCACAACUGCUUGGUCCCCAGGCCCCAACUCAGACCCAAAGGGCCCUCCACCGCUGGGUCUGAGACCGAUGUGGCCACCAUGACCAUCCUGCUGUGAUACGUGUCCUGGCACUCGAACCAAAUCCCACUUGCAUUUUUUACACGCCAUGGACAAAGGUUUAAGCUCACAUUCCUGCCCAUGGCUGAGGAACAGAAGAUGCUAUAGCCAACUCUUGCUCAUCUCCAGCCAUCCAUCCCUUUACUCAACUGACUUCGGUGCACACAGCCUAAGCCCGUGACUGCGUGGCUGAAUGAGCACACACACAUAUGUACAACCAAAGGAGAAAGACCCUGAAUGAAGGGCAGUGAUUUGGGACUCAGUGGUGGAGGGGAAGCCCAUGAUAGACUCCUCGGAGAAGUAGACUUUGGGACACUACGUAGUGAAUGCAUUGAAUAAAUUUACAUGUGUGAAACACAGUGCCUUGGGGAAAAGGUGGGUUAAUAGUUAAAAAAUAGCUCUGAUUCUCUUACACUUUAGAGUAACUUUCAGUGGCCUUAUGUCUGAGUUCUGUUGAUGUUUGGUGAGAGCAGAAUCUGGACCACUUUGUAACGUGGGUUGAGACGCUUGGUGCUGGUGUGUUCUGGCUUCCCUGUGGAUGAAACAGGAUCGGUUCCUAGCCAGCUUUCAGCUCUGCCAAAGUAAUUUGUGAAGUCCCUGAUAAAUGUCAUUUAUUUAUCUAGUAAAUAAAUGUUGGAAAUCUGUG